AUGGGUUCUCUUGGCUUGCCUAACGCUUCAUCGUUCGAGGGAGGAAGCGAAACGUUUCUUAGGAAUGUGUUUGAGAAUAUACUGAAAACGUAUUUGAGGAAGAAUCCAACCGCAAAGACGAUAUGGGAACUUGUUCAGUCGGUGGACAACGAGAAGAUCUGUUACGACCACUUCACUUUCAGGACAUUUAAGGUAGAUGGCUACGGAAUCGAGUCCUUGUCGAGUUUCUUCAUGGAUUACGGAUAUACAAUUGGAGGCGGACUUGAUUUUCCAAAGAAGAACUUACGCGUUCUCUGGUUUUCUCCUCCUGAUGUUCAUGUCCCUAAUGACGGUCACGGUCUAGCCAACGGCCCUUUGCCACGGCUUGUUAUAGCUGAGAUUAUUGUGGACGAACUAAGCCUUGAAUCACAGGGGAUAAUAAGGAAGUAUUUGAAACCAGAAGGUGGUAAGCAAGCGGUUCUUUCAAGUACUUUGGGGUCUUUAAUAUGGGAGAAGCCUACAUGGACCGACUUCAAGCAACUUGCAAAAGAAAGCGAACUUGCGGCAUGGACGCUUAUCCACGGCUACACAAUGAACCAUCUUGCUUUUGCGGUUCAUCGAUUCAAACACCGUUUUAGUGAAAUCAAAUGCGUCAAAGAGUAUCUUGAAGAAAAAGGAUUCAAACUCAACACUGACGGAGAGAUUCUCAAAGUGAGUGAAGAUGGUCUACUUUUACAAAUCUCGUCCUUCUCGGAAAAGCUUGCGGUUGAAUUUGCAGAUGGAGUAACUGAAACAAUUCCGGCUUCUUACAUUGAGUUCACUCAACGUCUAAUUCUUCCAGAGUUCAAAGAUAUGCCGCAUGAUGAGAUCAAAGAAUAUCAUAGACGCGAUGCCUUUGAACUUGAUGCUGCCAACCACGUAAUGGAAAGCACCCGUUUCAAUGCACAAGUCUAG